ACGUUUCAGGGUGUCAACUUCCUGUUUGGGUUGCAAGGCAAUAAGCGGAUACGAACCAGAUGAACUCUUCCUCUUUCUACAUUUGUCCUUCAUUUGUCAACAUUUUGUUUAAGUAAACACACACGUACACGAUAGAAGAUGUCGGAAACGGGGAAUCGACUGCGAAAGCUGCUCGAAUCGCCUAAUUUUGAACCGCAAAAUUACGUCAAGCAGCUGUCGCAGCAGUCCGACGGCGACAGAGAUCUGCAGGAGCAUCGUCAGAAAAUCCAAAACCUGGCCGACGAAACGGCCCAGAACCUGAAGAAAAACGUCUACAAGAACUACAGACAGUUCAUCGAAACGGCCAAGGAGAUUUCCUACCUGGAGAGCGAGAUGUACCAGCUGAGCCACAUCCUGACCGAGCAGAAGAGCAUCAUGGAGAGCAUCACCCAGGCCUUGUUGUCCACAGACAAGGAUGAGACCUCCAAAGAGAUGCAGGCUGCCUUCCCCAAGGAGACCGAGGAGCUGAAGCAGAGGACGCUGACCUCGCUGCUGGAGAAGGUGGAGGGGGGUAAAAACAUCAUGGACACCCCAGGCAGGCACCUUGUUUACAACGGUGACCUAGUAGAGUUUGAUGUUGACAACAUGUCCCCCAUCCAGAAGGUGCACGCUUUCCUGAUGAACGACUGCCUGUUGAUCGCCACCUGGCUGCCGAACCGCAGGGGAACGGUGAAGUACAAAUACAACGCCCUGUACGACCUGGAGAGCUUCGCCGUGGUCAACGUAAAGGACAACCCUCCCAUGAAGGACAUGUUCAAGAUCCUCAUGUUCCCCGAGAGCCGCAUCUUCCAGGCGGAGAACAGCAAGAUCAAGAAGGAGUGGCUGGAGAUCCUGGACGAAACCAAGAAGAACAAAGUCACCAAGGACAGGCACACGAAGGAGGAGGAGGUCCCGACGUCUCCCGCGAGGGUGGAGGCGUCCACCAAUCCGUUCGAGCAGGACGAGGACGAGCCAGCGGGCGCCGAAGAAAGCGUGGACCUCAGCCCGGAGUGGAUCCAGGAGCUGCCGGAGGAUCUGGACGUCUGCAUCGCCCAGAGGGACUUCGAGGGCGCCGUGGACCUGCUGGACAAGCUCAACGAGUAUCUCAAAGAGCAGCCGGUCACCCAGAGGGUCAAAGAGCUGAGGCUGAAGGUGGACGAGCGUGUUCGGCAGCUGACGGAGGUUCUGGUGUUCGAGUUGUCUCCAGAUCGGUCGCUUCGCGGCGGACCUAAAGCCACCCGCAGGGCCGUGUCCCAGCUGAUCAGACUAGGCCAGUCCACCAAGGCCUGUGAGUUGUUUCUGAAGAACCGCGCCGUUGCGGUCCAGACGGCCAUACGGCAGCUUCGCAUAGAAGGAGCCACGCUGCUCUACAUCCACAAACUCUGCAACAUCUUCUUCACCAGCUUGCUGGAGACGGCCAAGGAGUUUGAGAUGGACUUUGCGGGGAACACAGGCUGCUACUCCGCCUUCGUGGUCUGGUCCAAAUCAGCCAUGAGGAUGUUUGUGAAUGCCUUCAGCAAGCAGGUGUUUGACAGCAAGGAGAGCCUGUCGACAGCAGCGGAGUGCGUUAAAGUGGCGAAGGAGCAUUGUCAGCAGCUGACUGAGAUCGGCCUGGACCUGACGUUCACCCUGCAGUCCCUGCUGGUCAAAGACAUCAAGGCGGCGCUGCAGAGCUACAAUGACAUCAUCAUCGAAGCUACCAAGCACCGAAACUCCGAGGAGAUGUGGAGGAGGAUGAAUCUCAUGACCCCCGAGGCUCUGACUAAACUCAAGGACGAGAUGCGCAGCUGUGGCAUUGGCAGCUUCGAGCAGUACACGGGCGACGACUGCUGGGUGAACCUGAGCUACACCAUCGUGGCCUUCACGAAGCAGAUGAUGAGCUUCUUGGAUGAAGGCCUGAAGCUCUACUUCCCCGAGCUGCACAUGGUGCUGCUGGAGAGCCUGAGGGAGAUCAUCCUGGUGGCCGUGCAGCACGUGGACUACAGCCUGCGCUGUGAGCAGGACCCGGAGAAGAAGGCCUUCAUCAUGCAGAACGCCACCUUCCUCCACGACACCGUUCUGCCCGUGGUGGAGAGGAGGUUCGAGGAGGGCGUGGGCAAGCCGGCCAAACAGCUGCAGGACCUGAGGAAGAGCACCAGGCCGGUUCGAAUCAACCCAGAGAGUACCACGUCUGUGGUCUAAGACUGCAGUAAAGGCGGCCGGGCAAAUCAAACUUUAAAAUGUUCUUUUACCGACUGUCCUGGCAUUUUCAACUCCCAUUUUAGAAAUAACGGCUAGUUGUCGGUUGUUUUGAGAUUGCAGGACAAGAAAUGACGGGCUGCAUCUUGGAGAACAGCAGAAUACGAUACCUCAAGAUAGGUAUGUGUAAAAAGCUACUUUGCACCUGAAUUUUUACCAACUCACGCAAAAAUGCCUAUUGGUGUUGGCUAAUAUUGAUGAAAAAUGAUCUGAUAUUAGUAUUGUUUUCAAAAAUUCCUAUCACUGCAAGGCUAACCAAGCUAACCAAGAAGCGCGCCAUUCCUCAAAUCUGUGUAAUCGUGCAAUGAGAAUGUGGUUCUUCGGGACACAUGUGAGACAAAUGUUCAUUUUCUGAUCAAACCGGUUAUAUGCCGUUUUGUGCACGUGUGUGUCCCUGGUUUCUUUUUUUUCCUGAACUGUCAUUACACAAUUGAUUCCAGAUAUUGGCAAUAUCUGAUCUUAAUUGAAUAUGUGUGUACUCAACAUGAAAAGCUAAUGUUUAUGCAUAAGUUGGAAGCUUUUAUUUUCAUGCCACAGGACCAUUGUUAGACACUAAAUAGUAUUGCUGCUGCUAGGACUGAUUUAAAAGGGGAUGACUGAAAAGUAAACGCACUGGUGAAAUCAGAGUUUGUGUUUAACAAAACACAUGGAAUUCAAUAAAGAUCUUCAUGCACAA